AUGAAUACUUUUCACAAAAGAAUCUUAAAUUUGUAUAAAUGUUAUGAUUUCAUAUUAAAUAAAAAUUAUAGAAAAGAAAUACUAAUAAUUAUGCAUAAGAAAAAUUUAAAGGGCAAGCCAAAGAAUAAGAAGAAAGUGGAUGGAAUGGAUGCUGAGCCAGAUCCUUCUCCAUCGCUGGAGGCUUCUCAAGCAUUCAAUAAUCGCAACCAAAACAACCCACACCAAAAUUAUGCUCCAGGCCAAAUGAAUCAACUCAAUAGCCAAGAGCAAUAUUAUAAUCAACCACAAAUGGGAGGUCCAUACUCUCCUCCACAAUACCAAAACCCUUCAAAUUUCAAUGCAGCUCAGUUCAAUCCUCCACCUUUCCAAAACCCUGGCUAUCCCAAUAGUAAUUUUAACAUUCCUCCACCAUUUCCAAGUUCUUCUAAAUUUCCCAAUAUCCCUCCACCCUCAAACCCUCAGCCUUUUGCCAGUAUGCCUAAGUUUUCUCAAGUACGCCAAAUUAUUCCAAAUAUUCAACCUCCCCAAAACAUUCUUCCUGAUGAGGAUGAAGAUCUCCCUGACAUCUCUCUGGGAACAAGUUUACAUAAUCUUCCACUAUACAAAUCUUCCCCAUUCCCCAUGCAAGCCGGAAAAGUUUUACAACAAAAUGAAGAGCCUAUGGAUGAAGAUGAAGACUCGGAUUCGAAAACUGAAGAAAAUGUUCAGGUCAAUUUCAACCAAAAACAAGCGUCAUUGCCUAGAAAUAAUCCAAUUGCAAAAGAAGAGAACAAAAUGUAUCAGACUCAAAUUUUGAAUGAUUCAAGAUCUUUUGAAAGACGGUCUAUCCCAAAAUUGCUUCAAUUUCCGCAGAUCACUCCUGUAAAAUCAAAUGGGAUUUCUAAAAGGACAGAUAUUUCUUUGUUGAAGCCAUAUGUAAAAAAUGAAGCUGAUUUUGAAUACCUGCAGCUGAGCUUUUCACAAGUAAGGGGGAUUGGAUCGAUUUUUAAUAUGAAUACAGCAUUAUCUGUGGCUUAUUAAUCUCUUUAUCAUAAAUAAAUGACUGAAUAUUAAAUAGAUAAAUAAUACUAUAAUCAUAGGUAAUUUUAAGAUUGUGGUAUAUGAUUAUUUAAUGAUCCCAGCACUAAAAGCAGAAAAUAACAAAAUUUCUUAUGAAAUCAGCCUUGGAAAAGACACUUUCCAAACCUAUCAAAAUCAGCAGUACGAGCUUAUAAUGAACAGCAUGAGAAAUUUGCUAACUCCCCUCUAUGAGUGAGCAAAACCAUUGGAAAAAUCCCUAUUUUUAUAGGUGAAAACCCUCCCCCAUGAGCAAACAAAAUUUUUUUAUAAAUAUAAGUGAUAAUUUAUAUAAUGAAAUCUCUAGCUAAUUCUGUUUAAUUUUAAAUAACUUGCGUUUUAAAUAUAAAAUUUCAAGUUGCUUUAAAUUAUUCCGAAAUGGAUUUUUUUUCAAUUUUGAAAAAAAAUUCACUAACUCCCCCCCCCCCCUCCGUGAGCGAACAAAAAAAUUUUGUUCGCUCACGGAGGGGGGUUAAUUUUUUUUUUUUUAAAAAAAAUUUAUAUAUAAAUUUUAUAAAAAAUAUUUUUUUCGAAAUUUAAAAAAAUCCUAAUUUGCAAAAAUUGGGAAGCAAAUAUUAAUUUAAUUUGCAAAAUUUAUGUUUUAAAACGCAAUUUGUUUAAAAUUAAACAGAAUUAGCUCUAGAUUUCAUUAUACUAAUUGUCACUUAUAUAUCAAAAUUUUUUUUCCAUUAAAUUUUUUUCUAUUAAAAAAAUUUUUGUUCACUCACGGAGGGUGGGUUUUUGGUCAAAAAAAUGGCGAUUUUUCUAAUGGUUUUUGUUCGCUCACGGAGGGGGGGGGGGAGUAAAUAAUUUUUUUAAAAAUCCCCACAAAAUUUUUGUUCACGGAGGGAGUAAGCAGGAAUAUGGAAGAAGUAUCAAAACUAUGAGAAAAUGACGAACAUAUACAAAUCUUAAGAGGCUGAAUCUCUAUUGUCAACCAAAAUUACUUACGGUCUGCAGAAGCAAAAGGGCUAUUUGAUCAAAAUCUUGGUGAUGAAAUAAUUGCUGAAACAACCAAAGAUAUAAUAGACGCAAUUUUUGAGGGAAAUUCACCACCUGAUGAUUUUUUAUUUAAAAUUUUUGCCAAUUCUUUAAAAACAAAAAUCAAGGUUUUUAAAUCCACAGACCAAGGGAUAGUAAAAGAAGCUUAUGAGCCAAUGAAAGAAAAUUCCUUCCCGGUCCUAAACUUUUUUAUGAUGACAAAUCCUGAAAUAAGGCUUUAUAUUCUCUACAGCAAAAAAAUGGUCUUUUUAGACGGCUAUGACAUAAACUCUGGAACAUAUAAAUCUCGCAAAAUAGAAAACCCACAAAGAUAUUUAUUUUUUUAUAAAAAGCAAAUUGAUGAUAACAGCAAAAUAAAAGAAGAAGAGUUAAAAACAUAUGAAUCUGCAUUAAAAUUAGAAUCACAGAUCAUACAAAGCUAUGAUAGAAAUAUUUUUUCACUUUAUAACAAGCUUAGAGAUUCAAAUGUUAAGCUUAACCCAAAAGAAACCAUGGCAGGUGUCAAUAAAAUCAAAGACCAAAUCGAUUUUAUUAAAAAUAAUUUAAAGCCUGAAUUUAUAGAAAAACUGGGAUUAAAUAAUUUAGAGUUUAUCAGACUUACUGAUGAAGUCAUUCAUGAAAUUGUAAAAACCUGCUGCUAUUGCAAUAAACAGCAAGGCAUUUGGAAAUCCCCAUGUGACCACUAUUAUUGCCCAAACUGCAUCUUUAAUCUUAUAGCAACUAACAAAUUUGAGUUUUUUAUCUGCUCAGAAUGCGAAGAGACCAUAAUUGAGCUAAAAGAUUUAGCUGGAUUUUCUGAAUUUUCUCAGCUUAAAGACCAGUAUUUAAACGCCCACAAUAAAUUUGAAUGUAGAAGCUGCAACAAAGAGCUAGAAUUGGCUGAUGCAACUCCAUGCAAUAACUGCAAAAAAUGCAUUUGUACUUAUUGUCUCUCGAAAUAUGUAGUGUCAAAUAGACGAGAAAUUCAAAAUUUCCAAGUUGAAAUUCAAUGCAAUAUAUGCGAAGCAAAAAUGACUAUUGGAGGACUCACCGACUGAAUGGAGAAAUGUGAAGCUUGUGAACAAAAUCGGCAUAUUUUAGAUUUUUAUGAAUUUGAAUGUAGGCCAGGCGAAAAUCCUCAUGGGCUUCUAUGCAGAAUGUGCUGGGCUCUGUGCUAUAAUGACGUCUGUGCAAAAUGCGGCACUCCAGUUUCUUAUAAUGCGAAUAUGGCUAUUGCAAAUGAAAAUAAAAUUUAUUGCCCACUUUGUCGUGAGCAAAACAAGUUGGUAUUUCUCGGAGAAAAAAUGUGUAUGUCUGGGAAUUGCUUUCCUUGUAAUGACUGCCAAGAAGCUAUGUUUGAUCAAAAUCCUGGCUGUUGCGCUAUCUGUGGAGAUAUGAUGGCAGACAAAAUUUCAGAGCUCGGGUAUAAUUUGUGGAAUAGGAUAAAUUAG